GUUCGUGAAAUAACUCGCCUCUGUAAAUUAUAUGUCUUAAGGUGCAAGUGUACAGAGAAAUAGGUAUAAAAGCAGUAUAAUUUUAAAUAUUGGAAAACAAUGGACACAAUGAGACCUUGUGUGAUGAAACACCAUGUAACGGUAAUGACGCUCUCUGGAAUAAUUAUUGGUAUUGGCAUUGGGGGCGUAUUAAAAAAUUAUGCAACCGAGCCCUGGUCCGAAAGGGAAAUCAUGUAUUUUCAAUUUCCUGGAGAAUUGUUUCUAAGAAUUAUCAACUGUCUGAUAGUACCACUCGUCGUGUCGAGCAUCGUAUCAGCCACUUGUACCCUAAGUUCAUCAGGUACAAUCGGUCUCACUGCGCUUUAUUAUUACUCGACGACAACGGCUCUGGGAAUAAUAACCAGUGUCAUUUUGGCUCAAACCGUGAAACCGGGAGAAGUUAACAGAAAAACACACGAAGCUGAUAAAAUGAUAAAACUGGAAAAGCACUUUGUGACCGUCGAUAUUUUCCUAGAUCUGUUACGUAACGUGGUUCCGGAUAAUUUAGUGAAUGCCUGUAUGAUGCAAUAUCAUACGGUACUGAAGAAACCAAAGAACACGAGUGAAGUGCCGAUCUACGAGUGGCCGACGUCCUACGAAUACACGGAAGGAACCAACAUAUUGGGUUUGGUGUUUUUCAGUAUCCUGUUAGGUUUGGCAAUAGGAAAAAUGAAGGAAGACAGGAAGCCCUUAGUAAACUUCUUUCAUGCCAUUUUCGAGACGACGGCAGUUCUUAUGAACAAAGUGAUCAUAAUAGCUCCGGUCGGUGUGCUCUUCCUUACAGUAGGCAGAGUAUUAGAAAUAGAGGAUUUCAGCGUAAUGAUGGCACGUUUAGGUGCUUAUGUAUGUACGGUAUUCGCUGGGCUAUUCAUUCACGGAUUGUUCACCUUACCUCUGCUGCAUUUAAUUUGCACACGGCGAUCACCGUAUAAAAUUAUUGCAAAACUCGGCCCGGCCCUUGCAACGGCUUUCGGAACGUCGUCAAGUACCGCCACCGUACCAAUGACCAUUCGAUGUCUUGAUAAAAUCGGAGUGGACCCGACGAUUUCCAGAUUUGUUGCUCCAAUUGGCGCAACAAUAAACAUGGAUGGAAUAGCGCUUUACGAGAGUAUCGGCGCAAUUUUCGUAAUCCAACUGAGGGGUCUAGAUUUUUCAUUAAUGAAGAUCAUCAGCAUUAGCAUAACAUGUACUUUGUCAUGUAUCGGGGCAGCUGGUUUGCCUAGUGGUGGCUACAUGAUGCUCGUUACUGUGCUAAGCUCAAUGGGAAUCCCCGCUCAGGAUGUCAUGCUAAUUAUUGCCAUUGAUGGCAUAGUUGACCGUUUCAGGACAACAAUAAAUAUCAUUGCCGAUGCUUUGGGAACCAGCAUCAUUGCUCACUUUAUUGGUAGAAAUGACGGCACGACCAGACGAUCCAUAAAUUCCGUAGACAAAUAAUGAAUCAUUCGAAAAAUCAGGAAGCUCCACAUAAUUCGUUAACAUUAGGAUUUAAUUACUUUUAUCAUAUGCUGCAAUACACAAAUAUUUAUUAGAUUUAAUUAUACAGUUUACUGUAAUAUCUAUACGUCAUUUGGUACACGCAGAUUCUUAUGGCAGAAAAAGUAGCCUUAAGCGUAUAGAAAAAUAUAGUGUCUUUUGUGAAAACCAGUUUUUUGGUACACAAGAAAUUACUGCUAAUCAUGAUUGUGACAUAAAAUGUGACAUCAAUGGCUGUAAAGAUCAAAAAUACUGAAAGCGUAACUAUACAGGCAAAACGUUUGUUGUACGUAAACUAUAGCAAACGAUGUUAAGCAACAAAUAACAGUACCUUCGUAACUGAAAAAUAAUUACAUCUGUGUACAGAAGUCGAGGGAAUGACUAGAUCUUAGAGUAGCGUUUAGGAAAUGUUCGGUGCUCAGUAUCAUUCACAGUUUUAAGUUUUUGUGCAUUUGACGCAAAGUGAUCUCAAAACUUCAAAGCAAUUCCACUUAGGGAAAUUCUCAAGCAUAAAAUUGGUAUUGCAAUAAAAAGUAUGCGUAAUUUA